UGGACGUAGACCUGUAUGGGCAAUAACCAAGGCUUCAAACAAUUUUAUGAAGGACAGCAAUCCUUCCCAGUGUCUGUAAGGACGCUUGAAAGGAGUAAACUCCGUCUCGUAACUCCUGCUAUAGGCUUUAUUUAAGAGAACUUGCGAUGUCCUCAAGAAAAUAGCGACUUGGUUGUCCCUUCUGGGCUACCACAGAUAGAGUUGCGCACUCUUUUGCCUCUACUGUAUGACGCUACGUACGCCGCGGUAUUGACACACCUAUUGUCGAGUUUCACGUGCCCGUGACCUGUAGUUUUGGGGUGUUGUUAGAGACUGUUCUACACGGUACAGUCUGUACAGUCGACUCGAUUUUGGUGUCUUGUUAUUCCUUGUUUUUAUCUAUCUUCGCAAUUUUUGCUGAUAAAAUGUGGACAGAGAGGAGUAUUUUCGCUUUGGUAGUAUGGGUGCUGGUAGGAGAGACAAUGUGCCUUCUGUUCUUCUACGGUUAUAGUAAGACGGCAUUGCCAAACGGAAAGGGCGAUAACUACCAUUCCUCGCGUGUUAUCAACGAGGAAUAUAACUCAAAAGCGACAGAGGAAGAACUAAUAGAGGAAAUCAAACAAAUCCCCCAAGCUGAAAACUUUGUCGAUAACAGGUCAGACAUCCGCAAUGGAACUCUACCCACUAUCUUUGCGGUCACUCCGACCUACGCGAGGCCGGUGCAGAAAGCCGACUUGACCAGGGUGGGCCAAACCUUCCUCCACAUCCGGAACUUUCAUUGGAUUGUCGUGGAGGACUCCAGCAACAAGACUAGUGUAGUCGCGACGCUCUUGCAAAGGAGUGGCAUCAACUUCACCCAUCUGAAUCGCAAAUCUUUGCCAAAAGCCCGAACCAAGGGCGCGCCACAGAGAAACGCUGGCAUUGAGUGGCUGUUGGAAAACGUUAACGUGAAUGAAACUCCUGGAGUUGUUUACUUUGCCGAUGACGAUAACACAUACGAUCUGCAAAUUUUUGACGAGAUGAGAUACACUCGGAAAGUUUCUGUGUGGCCUGUUGGCCUCGUAGGGGGUCAGAUGUAUGAGCGAUGUCUUGUGGGCAAAGACGGAACUGUCACUGACUGGAAAGUGGGUUGGAAUCGAAAGAGACCGUUUCCUAUUGACAUGGCUGGUUUUGCUAUCAAUCUCCGCUUGCUGAAGUCGAAGCCCAAGACCAGGUUUCCCCUCAAGCCGAAGAAAUACGUCGACCUAGAAUCAUCCCUAUUAGUGCAGUUAGUCACCCAGGAGGAUUUGGAACCCAAAGCCAGCAAUUGUACAAAAAUCUUAGUGUGGCACACAAGGACGGAAAAACCGAAAUUGGUAUACAAGAUCAAGGAUAACGUAAAGAUAGUUGUCUGAAUCAAUGUUUUCAUGAGAAUGGAAGGAAAAUGCUGAACGGAGUCAGAAUUGGGGAGCAGUCAAUAUUGCAAUACGUACAGUCGUGCCCAAAGAUUGACAUGAAUUCUAGUAGAAUACAGUUGUACCUCAUCUCUCUAUAAUCAUCGCCCUUUCCAUAAUUUUACAUUUCCCUUUAUUUCUAUUAAACGUUUCUGCAACCAAUUCGCUUUGGAUGACGUUUCUAGACAAUUUCACUCAUGAUGUAAUAAAAAUAUUGGGUUGAAAAUUUACAUAGGCCUACACUGAGAUAACCUGCUACUCGAUUGUCCUUUGAGAGGUCUAAAUGUUCUGAAAUGGUCUUGUACCACUCAUCUCUCUUGAUUAUUACUGUUAGUAAUAGGCAAGGAGUACCUACAUAAUUAUUGCUGUUUAAUGUAAUGAGUUUGGUUUCCUGUUCAGGCUAGUCUUUGCCUUGAACCAGUGACGGGGAUCGUAAACGAAUACAUUUACUCUUAAAACCUAGCGAAGAGCUUUAUCCAGCUGCAGAGGUCAGAGACUUCUCAAGAAGUCAUAUCUGGAACGAUUGUGUCGAAAUGCAUUUGAAACCUAACGACAACCACGACCCGUUUGAAAGGCUGACAACCACUGAUGAAAGGGCGUUGGUCUCAAAGGUGUGGUUCAAUCUUAGGACUGUCAAAAAAACACCUGUGCCAAGAAUUGCAGGUCUAGGGGAUGAAGGCUCUGUCCACCGUUCAGAGGGUCCUGCAACGAAACGGAGAGGCUACAAAAGAGACACCACGAAGGAAGCUUCUCCUUCAAGAAUGACACUGUAAAGGCCAGCAGAAAAUGUGCAAGAAAGCACACAAAGUACAGGAAAUGUACAAUGGUACUAUUAUAUGACGUGUAAAGAGAGUUAUAUAUUCAUUGUGCAUUUAGUCUUAGUGUUUAUUGUUUUUGAUAGCUGUGUGCAAAGUCCAACUCACGAAUUAGAAGUAUAUUGGCGGCCAACGGAUGAUUUUUUUUUCAGUAUUACUGAGUUGACGUUGAUACCGGUAUAGAAAGAGCAGACAGGCCCACGGCUUAGGGGGAUGUGAAGGGGUAGCCCCCCGAGCAGCUAGUCCUCAUCGGUAAAAACAAGAAGCAUCAACGUAUGACCUCUCCUUGUGGUGUGCCCUCUAGCUGGUACUGUGCCCCUCCCCCUUUAACGCCAAAAGCGUUAAGUGGAGUAGACCCCAUAAUGGCGCACAGCAUCUGCACUGAGCUGGUUAGGUGCUUGAAUGUUCGCACACAGGAUGGUGGGCCUGUUUCUGCAACAUGGAAGUAGAGUUUCAAGUAUAGUGAGAAAGGUACAUUUUGGUACAAUCAGCAAUUUAGAUGGGAUGACUCAUACUAUGGGGAGUAUGCGGACAUUAUACAUGUAUGCAUGUGAACAAGUAAGGCUACAGAAAUCUUGCAGCAUGAAUGCCAGUGAGUAUGUUGCCAGUUGGUCCCCGACCCGGUGACUCUUGAUAAAAAUUUGAGUUCAGGCAUCGUCCACGGUCAAAAAAUGAGGCAAAAUACCGAAGGUCACCAGGGAGUAGUCACUGCGAAUGUCAUAUACAAAAUGACGACCGCGGUCUUGGCUGAAAGCCAGUUCAUUUUAUUUUUGGAAUAUACUUUACAUAAUACACAACGGCACGAAAUAUCAAGACAAAGGUUAUUUGUUUACAUGAUGACAUACAUGAUGACAUACAAAAACUACAGAACAAUACUUAACCAGUCCCCACUGGACUUCCCAAAAGAAACAUUUUAGAUGGAGGCAUGUCGGUUAUGUGUUUGUUUUAACCCUCUUGCAGCACGGUGUUAAUCUUUGAAAAAUGACAUUGCUCAAAAGGAAUUAAGAUCUAUUGCCGUUGAUACAUCCAUUAUAACUUUUUAAAGCGUGUUUUACUCACAUGUAUAAACAUCCGCUGAUCAGUAGCAUACACGACCAAAACUAUCCAAAUCUGUACGAGUUCGGAAUAUUUUGGACAUCAUUUUUCGGAAAACAGGGGAAUUUCCCCAAUUAUUGUCGGGGUGCAUGGUGAUACCCAAAGACAAAAUAGACCAACAUCGCCUAUGGAAAUCAACGUCUGGUACCCCAAUAAUGAAGGCAAUUUGGCAUCCUUAUUAUCCCUUCCAAUCAAGGCAGAACACCAAGAUGUUGGGCGUAGACUGCAAUCAUACAAAAUGUAGUGCCUUUCAGUUUAUGUAUUGAACAUUGUUCAGUGCACUCUAAAACUCCCGGGUCAGAUUGACCCAGAAUUGGGUUCCAUUCGGCAAGACCCUUUUCCGGGUCAAAUUAUGACCCAGAAGGGGUUCAUUUUUUGACUCGGUAAUUGUCACACCGAAUGGGACCCAACUCUGGGUCAUUCUGACCCGGGAGAUUUUAGAGCGUGGGUUAACAUUUAAUGCGCGAUAUCAGUUCCAUUUAAAAUUUAGAUAUUACAGAUUAUCAAAAAUUUCAGACUUGGUUAUCUUUUCUCAUUCACGUUAAAAUUUGAAGAAAUGUCUGGAAAAAAUUUAUUUUGCGAAUGUAAUACUAAAAGUGAGUGUCCAAAAACGAUUAUAACAACAAACAGAAAUGAAUUGUCACCAGUUGAAUUUGUUUUUAAUAAUUUCUCAAUUUUAUGUACAUAUUUGCGUGUCCCUUGGUAGCUACGUGUAGAUACAGACCUAAACACAUAGUUUGAUAACCAUUUGGGGGUAUUUUCAGAGAAGAACGACUACAAAGAAUGAUUCGUGGCUAACCCUUGAAAAAAAAAAGAUUUUUUUUCAUACUCUUGAAUUACCAGUGAAAUAAACGAGGCCAUUCUGUUCCUGAAGGUCACCAAACGGCGCUAGUUCUGUCCAAUUCACGGACGUCCGUGGCAGAUUUUGCAAAUUUUAUUUUUUUUGGUCGAAACCCGUCAGUAGCGACUACGGAAGCGUAUUUCGGACAUAACUAAAAAAGAAAGUUUGAACCACCAUUUCGCUCGACCGAAUUGAUGGCGAAAUUGUGAAAUGCAAAGAUAUAAUCCGCCCGGGCGAAUUAGUAAUCCACCUGGGCAAAAUGGUAACGCCACGUUUUUCAGUCUUGUCCUAAAUACGCUUCCGUAGUAUCGGACCGAAACCUAUCAAAAAGAUUGGAUGCUUUCUUAUUUGAAAUGAGCGAACCUGAACCUGUUUUAUGUUUUUAUGUUGGGAAAAUGGAUUCCAAUCUUGAGAACAUUACGUCUGUAAAAUUUCGUUCCACUCUUUGAAAACAUGUAAGCCUUAUGAAACUUUGUUCUAAUCCUGAAAUAUGUUACUAUGCCAGGUCUGUAAACUUUCAUUCGAACCGAAAGAGAUGUUGGGUCCAUAAGAUUUCCAUAUUUUGGGGGAAUGCAUUUGAAAUAUCAAAUACGCUCUGUUUUAAAUAACAUUAUAUUUUAAAAAGGUCCAUGUUUAAAAAAAAUGCAAUUUUGAAUCUAAUUCUGCUUCAUAUUGCAGUCUCUUUGUUUUUAUGUCUGUGGUGAAGACACUUUGACGACUUCAUGAAAGAGUGCUGAACCGGGUUCAGAUUAUACACUCUAAAAAUCACCUGGGUCAGACUGACCCGGAAUCUGGGUCCCAUGGAGCCUGACCCAUUUAAGGGUCAAAUUGUGACCCCACCCCCUUGGGUAAUAUUUUUCUGGGUCAAAUAUGACCCAAAAGGGGGGUCAUAAUUUGACCCGGAAAAGGGCCAGGCUCCAUGGGACACAGAUUCCGGGUCAGUCUGACCCAGGUGUUUACUAGAGUAUGGAUUGUUAUAGCCUAGCCUAAAGUUGGGAGCUGUAUAGUACGGUAAUUUGUUGUGGAUUGCUUGCCGUCUGUGAUAGGUAGGGGGUAAUGGCUGGGUUGAGAUCCGAUGUCAAUGAACAGCCUGGCUUGCCUUGAGAUUCACCUGCGGCACUUUAGUUCCUGUGAGGGCUGUUAUUCCUUGGUUUAAUAGAUGACACUUCAAACAGAUUAUGCAAGGGACAAGUUUAAAUCAAAGUUCGUCCAGGGGUUAGGAUUACCCCUAGAGGAAUUGCGUUGCUUCGUAUUACAAAAUGUUAUUCAUUAAUUUAUUAUUUUUAUAUUAAAGUAAUGUACAUCUUGUGUUUGUGAUAUAUUUCGUUGAUGUACUCCAAUAAACCUAUUACAACGAUUGAUUGUCCUUGGCAACUCA